GGUCGCAUAUCCCAACUUCAGCACUAUCCGAUCCCCGGAGGCCUCCUCCAAAAGAGGAUAUCAUGUGGACGGUAGAUCGAUGCCGCGUGUCGAUCCAUAGAUGGCCACAGCCUAGCUAUCCACUGAGGAAUAGUAUUGUGACCCUCAGUCUCAUUCUCUCUCAAGGGUCCAUUUUUGUUCAUUGUUGCGGCAUUGCAGUAGCAGGGUGCUUUUAUGAGAGAAAAGUAUUCUUUACCCUCGGUUGACUAAUAAAGUGAUAGUACUUUUUGAUUGUCUUAUUCGGCAUGGGCAACCGCUCCGAGCAACCCAGAUCUCCCCGAGAAUAUCUGAGACGCCUCAUCGGCUUCCUUUAUCGUGUGCGAAAUGAGCUGCUAGUGUAUCUUCAAAUCGGCCUUGUUAUGAUAAUAGCGAGUUGGUUGGGUCCAGCAAACCGUCCACUUGGUAGUCCCAGGGUCUUCACUCAGCACAAGGGAGUGUCUUGAUGUUCUUGUCUCUGCAACACUCAGGGCGUGUGCUGAUGGUGAUCCUUGCGUCUGUUCUCUUCGUGGGGACGGGCUCGCUGAGCCUCGGCACGAAGCUUCCCGACAGUAGUCUCAGACGAAGCAGAAUGAUGCACCUAUUGGCGCCAGUCUGCGCUUCCUUCGUCCUGUUCCUGUUACUAAAGCCAUACGGUUCUCCCCAGUCUCGCUCGACGGGUGUCGUGCUGGUCGACCCAGGCACGGGACGGCAUGAAGUCCAGAACCUCCUCCCUGGGUCCACAGUCGUUAUUCCAGCGAGAUUUGAAGCUGACUAUCUGGUAAAGACUAUCUUUUAUACCUUCGAGUACACACCUCCUGACCUCUUGGCGGAGAUUCUCGUGGUUGAUGAUAAUUCAGAACAUCCAUUAGAGCCUUUAGUGGUACAGUCCUUCGAGGAAGGUGGUGUAUUACAAAGUCUCACACCCGAGCAAAAGGCUAAGAUACGCAUACUACGAUUGCCGCAGCGUGAAGGGUUAAUUCGCGCUAAGAUAAUUGGGGCUGACUCGGCCAGGGGUACGUACAUAUUAUUCCUGGACGGCCAUUGCAGAGUUGUACCGGGUUAUAUGCAGUCCAUGAUAAACAUGAUAACUAGCAAUGGUUACAAGACCAUCGUCACUCCUAUUGUUACAAACGUCAAUGGUACUUCAUGGGAGCAUAUGUCUUUAUCGGGCGGAGCGAAGAUGAUGUUUGAAUGGAACUUUGAGUUCUACUGGUUCGAAGAUAAUAAUGAUGAGGUGCCAAUAGCAGUCGGGGGAAUCCAGCUGAUGACUAAACGUUGGUGGACCGAAUCUGGUGGAUACGACCAAGGUAUGCUCGAUUGGGGUGGAGAGAAUAUCGAACAAUCUCUGCGUGUAUGGAUGUGUGGCGGAAAGAUACUUGUUGACCGUCAAGCCAAGAUAGGUCACAUUUUCCAGAGGCCGGCGCCUAAGAAUAAAGUCAGAAGUGGACAGGUCCAGCGUAAUCAUGCUCGCGCCGCGUUGCUGUAUCUCGAUGAGAAGCUGAGCUGGUUCCUGGACAACCACGCCGCUGCUAGAAGCGAAAUAUCGAAGCAUCAGUUGGGGCCUCAUAUCGGCGAUAGAUUGGCGGUUCGGCAUAGCCUGCAGUGCAAGUCGUUCGACGAGGGCUUCAUGGAGCGCUUCUGGUCCGUGUUCGAGAACCAGGCAUUGCUCCUCGAUAAAGUGCACCUUAUCAAGCAUAAGAGAAGUCGUCUGUGCCUGGCUCUGGUAUUAAUAGCAGCAUCUCACUUCCUAUGGGGUACUUCACUUCAUCUCUCGCCACAACUUAUUCUUUCACUGGACAGUUGGUGGCGGAACUUGCCACAUUCAAUAUACGCUCAGAUUUCUGCUAUUGUUGGUUUGCUGUUAGAUUCGUACUACCAAAGAUAUGCACGUCAAGGAUGUCAACGCUCAGGCUGAAUUACGAUUGAAACCUUGCGAUCCUCGUGACAGUGGAAUGCUAUGGAUGCGCGGCUACUCGGGAACAAGAGUGGUUAACAAACGCUUCAACAAAUGCAUUGAUCGAGGGAAUAAGCCAUUUGGUCGAGCUCAAGUCAUUGCCUUCGCAUGUGAUCGUCAUAACACCAACGUCAAUCAGCGAUGGUAUUGGGAUAAUGGCCGCUUGUACAGGUGAGCCGGAUGGGCACGUAGCGAACUCGUUACAUUACGAGUAUACUGUGUUUCUUCUCGCUCGUGCGAUAAGAAGAAGCAACCCUCAGUAUCGCAGUGUUAUUGAUGUCGGAUAUUCCGUACGCGCUCUCCGAUCAGCCCAAAUCGUGGUGUGAGCUCUUUCCGUGCACCUCCCGCUGGUAUGGAUGAAGACAGCAAAGGGACAUUAUGUAUAUCGGGGCCAGCAGCUGAUGGAAAGCAGCUGGAAGUGUCGCCACAAGAUCAGACCGAUCCGAAAAAUGACCUCCUCAUAGCCGCGAACAAAUACCCAAAAGUGUUUAUGAUUCCGUGUCAAUCGAGAUCAACGUCCGGGCAGCAUGGAUAUGUGCCAGAUCUGCUCGAGUUUGAGGCUGUCUUUUUGCACA